AUGCCCGGAGGACGAGGAAGAGGAAGAGGAAGAGGAAGAGGAAGACGAGGAAGGGGGCGACCCCGUCGUAGAGAAGUAGGACGAGGUGUGGCAGUAGAAGGCCCACCUCAAGAAAGAUCAGAGACUGGGCCGGUAACAGUUACGCCGCCCCCAGUCUUACCACCAGUACAGCCUCCACCACAAGUAGAACCUCCACCCCAGCCUACCCUACCACUCCAAGUCGCACCUGAAGCUGCACCCCCAGUGGGUGGAGUAGAUGCUAAUACUAGGUUAAUGUGUGACUCCAUCCAAGCCCUAAUUCAAACCUUGGUAACCAAUCAGCAAGCCAGUCUACAACAGGCCCAGGAACAAGCCCAAGCACAGGCCCAGGCACAGGCGUUGGCACUGGCACAGGUACAGGCACAGAGAUACGACCCUCGACCAUUCACUGGUUCCCUGGUAGACCCCAUAGAAGCCCAAAUGUGGAUUGCAGCGGUGGAAACCACCUUUGAGACUAUGGAGUGCCCAGAGAACCAAAAGGUCGCCUGUGCAACCUUCGUCCUACAAAAGGACGCAGAGAUAUGGUGGAGAGAUAACAAAACCCUCCUUAACCCAGAAGGGGGACCAAUGAACUGGGAACGAUUUAAGGAGGCCUUCCUUAAAGAAUAUUAUCCUAAGUCAGAGCGACUUAAAAGGCAGCAGGAGUUCGCCCACCUGGUACAGGGAGGACUCACAGUGGAGAAGUACAACAGAGAGUUUAAUAAACUCAAGAGAUUUGCACCGUCCAUGGUGGACACUGAGGAAAAGAUGACAGAGAAAUUUGUAUUGGGUUUGGAACCAAGAAUCCGCCGCAUGUUGGAGGCGUUCAACCCAAAGACCUAUGAGGAAGCCUUGAGAACUGCCAAGGCUUUAGAGAAACCAAAGGAUGAGAAACGACGUGAAGAGCCAGUCAUAAUUGGGCAGAAGCAUCCUCAUGAAUCAGGAGGCUCUGACCGUCCACCACCAGUAUGUAGGCACCGUUCCAAUAACAGACGCGCUCCUAGAUGGGAUGAGCGACACCCUCCCCGACGUACUGACAGGAACCCUAGGAAUCAAGAUGGGGCCAGAGGGAGGAGAGAGGAAGGGUGCACUAUCUGUGGAAGACUACACAGUGGGAGGUGCAUGGCUGGCAGCCGAGCGUGUUAUAGAUGUGGUCAAGAGGGGCACAUCGCUGUGAACUGCACGGCCGGAAACGCUGCAGCACAAGCAAACCCGCCCAGAGUAGUAGAGCAAACGGAUCAACCAGCACCACCGCGAGCUCAAGCUAGGGCCUACGUGUCAACCAGCAAGGACACUGGGAGGUCCGACGCCGUUGUGACAGGUACACUAUCCAUUUUAGGUCAUUUCACUUUUACCUUAUUUGAUUCUUGUUCCACGCAUUCCUUUAUUUCCAUGCCUUUUGUUGUACAAGCAGGAUUCGAAUUAGAACCCUUAUUGCAUGAAAUGUCUGUAAGCACCCCUACGGGGGUAGACUUAGUAUCUAGGGGUAGAGUAAAGGAUGGCCAAGUAAUCAUAGGGAACCAAACUUUAAGCGUUGACCUUAUGGUGGUAAACAUGACAGAUUUUGACGUCAUACUAGGCAUGGAUUGGCUAGCUGAAAACCGAGCUAGUAUAGACUGUCACAAAAAGAAAGUAAAAUUUUCACCACCGACAGGACCUAUAUUUAAAUUUAAAGGUACAAGUACUGGGAUUACCCCCAAGGUAGUAUCGAUGAUGAAAGCAAAGAGGUUAGUCCAACAAGAUGGAUGGGCUAUAUUAUCAUGUGUUGUAGACGUAAGAGGAAAGGAAAGGACCCUAGUAAACGUUCCAAUAGUAAACGAGUUCCCGGAUGUAUUUCUGGAUGACUUACCUGGAAUACCCCCUUCCCGAGCGGUCAACUUCGUCAUCGAACUCAAGACGGGAACUGGGCCAAUUUCUAAAGCACCCUAUCGCAUGGCGCCAGCAGAGUUGAAGGAACUCAAGGCGCAAUUGCAAGACUUACUAGAUAAAGGAUUCAUUCGACCUAGCGUGUCCCCCUCGGGUGCGCCAGUGUUGUUUGUUAAGAAGAAAGAUGGAUCGAUGCGUCUGUGCAUCGAUUACAGAGAGCUAAACAAGAGAAGCAUAAAAAACAAAUAUCCUCUACCUAGAAUAGAAGACUUGUUUGAUCAACUCAGAGAGGCAACUGUAUUCUCUAAGAUAGAUCUUCGGUCCGGUUACCACCAAAUUAGGAUUAAUGAAAAAGACGUACCAAAAACAGCGUUCAGGACAAGGUACGGUCACUACGAGUUCGUAGUGAUGUCAUUUGGCCUCACCAAUUCCCGAGCUGUGUUUAUGGAGUUAAUGAAUCGGGUAUUCAAGGAAUGCCUAGACAUGUUCAUGAUUGUGUUCAUUGACGACAUCCUCAUAUACUCGAAAACAGUCCUAGAGCACGAGGAACACCUCCGAAAAGUUCUAACCACCCUAAGAGAGCACAAGUUGUACGCCAAGUUCUCCAAAUGCGAAUUUUGGUUGCGACAAGUCUCUUUCCUAGGAUACGUGGUGUCAAAGGACAAAAUAUCUGUAGAUCCCACCAAGGUCGAAGCGAUCACAAAGUGGGAACGCCCAACUACGGUAAUGGAAGUAAGGAGUUUCCUAGGAUUNCCCAACUACGGUAAUGGAAGUAAGGAGUUUCCUAGGAUUUGCGGGAUACUACCGAAGAUUCGUGCAGGACUUCACUAA